UCUCCAAUCGUCGCAUUCCCCUCUACAGCUCUACCCCCACCACACUCUCACCCUGCGGCUGCGUGUUGCUGCGGUUCCGACCAGCGGCGGCGGCAGCUGUCUCCAUCCCCGGCGGCGGCUUCUAGCUCCAUCCCCGGCGUCGAGGAUGCCUGAUUGGUGUAGUGGUUCCAACUUCAAGCAUAGAUGGGGCGGUGUGAGGUUUAAGCGCACUAUGCUUGAGUUGAAACCCGAUCAAAAGAAAUUCAUCAUAGAUAAUGGCUUUGAGUCUUUUCUAUCACUAAGCAAUUUCAAGGUCCAUAGUCGACUUGCAGAAUGGAUUAUGCAAAAGAUGAACCCAGAGAUUUGUGAGUUUAGGUUCCGUGGCAAGGUUAUCGUGUUUGAUAAGUUGUUAGUACAGAAGAUUACUGGGCUAAAUGAUGGCGAUCUACCUGUUAAGCUUAGUGGUGCCAACAGUGAAGUUGUAAAAGAGAUCAGGACCCUGUACCAUCCAUAUUUUGUCAGCAAUAGACUUGGUACAGGCAUGUGCGAGAAAUUGUUGCUUUCUCUGCAUGAUGAAGAGAAGUUCUUGAGGACUUUCAUUUUGUACUUGCUUGCCACCAUCUUGUGUCCUGCCACCGGCAAUUAUGUGAAUCUCGACUAUUUGCAUUCUUUGGUUGAUGUCAAGAUGUGUAGUCAGUAUGAUUGGUGCACACAUGUGGCGAGCUGUUUGAUGCGGGAAAUCAGGAAAUAUCAGGGAUUCUCUACUGAGCAACGAGAUUCCAUUUUUCAGAUUGGAGAGUGCCUCCCCUUGCUUGUUAUUGCUUACAUGGAUCAUUUGCAAAUGCCAACAACUGGACUGCAUCUCCGCAUCAUUGACUACAACACACCAAGAUUUUGUCAUGUCACUGAUGAGGACUUUGAGUAUGUUGCUGUUGUAGACCGUUGUAGGAUGAACCUUGGCUAUGUCACAUAUGGGUCUCGCCCGUUCCAUCCACGGAAUGAGAUCCCAUAUCUAGCCCAAGUCCAUGCUGUUGUUGGUGGGUCUGAGGCUGAGAAUGCUGGGGUUGCAAGGGCUGAGGAUGUUCCAAUUGGUGCUGUUCAAGAUGGUGUAGGCAUUGGAGCUGCUGUCGCCCAAGAUAGUGUUGCUCAAGAUUCUGCUUCAUUGAAUGAAUGGAUCAGGCUAUCUGCCUCAAGCAGCCAAGGGACUACGUUUUCAGCAAGCUUAAAAUCUAGUAUUGAGAAGCACAGUGCCAUGUGGCAGGAUGAGUUUGUUUCAGCACUUGACAACUUCAAGAGGGACAUGAUUGAUUUGCGUGCAAAAAGAACAUGUGAUAUGAUUUCUGACAUAAGCAAGGUGCUAGCUGACAGCAACACUGCAGUGGGCAUUUCCGAGGCUGUUUCAAACCCACCAAGCACUGGGUUGGCAGCUGAGGUUGUUUCAAACACACCAAGCACUGAGGGGGUAGCUGAGGCCGUUUCAAAACCAUCAAGCAUUGAGGGGGCAGCUGAGGCUACAGAUUUUGAUGGACCAAGCCAGGAAGCUUCUGGCGGUUCUGUGCCAAGCAGCCCAGCUAUUGAUGAUUAUAUUUUUGCUUCCCACUCUGAUAUCUCAAAUCUAGAUGAUGCAUGUGAUGCACCGUCAUUCAGACUCUUCAAUGAAUCUGAUCCUGAUUUCAUUAGUACUCAGGACUUGGCUGUUGAGAUGCUCUCCUUGGAUGUUUCAAAUGUUCCUCAAUCGGCAAUGGAUGGAAGGAUACCUUCUCCAUCACCUCAGUCACCUGUUUCUGCAAGGACAUCUUCUGCAACUCCUUCACCCACUGCAAGGACACCUUCUCCAGCCCCCCCUUCACCCAUUGCAACAAAAACAUCAACUUCAGUAGUUCUCUCUCUAGCAGCAGUAAGGGCAACAUCCCCAGCUACAUCUUCACCGCCACGUGCUACAAGCUCGCUACCUCUAGGUGCUGGUAGUAGUGGUCCAAGCACCCAUGAGAAGAAAAAUAGGAAGAAAAGGGCACAGAAAGGUGAUAGUGAUGUAGAGGCGAAGAAGUUGAAGACCGCUUCUGAAAUAGAUGAUGUGUACAGAAGAUCUGUUGUUGAUUCUUUGCCAAAUAGGUCAAGGAAGGCAGAUGCCAAAGAGUUGACAACUCCAUUCUUAAGGAUUGGAGAAUUCCAUGUCUCACUUGAGUAUUUCCGUGAAGCAAUGAAACCUAGAGGAGAGUUGAACAAUGAAGUUAUGUCAUGUUGGAUUGAGAUGUUCAAUGCAAACUGUAGGGAAGAUUCUAAGAUGAAAUCAAGCAUAAAAAAAUUUGUUUUUCCCCUGGCUUGACGGAUAAAUUGAUUUGCAAUCCUGAGAAGUUUGUGUCUGAAAGCUGUGUAAAAUGGCUGAAAUCAAUCAACAAGGAGCAUAAACUUCCUAAACUAGAUCUGUUGUUCUUCCCAAUUGUACGUGACAAGCAUUGGGUGCUGACUUGCAUCAACCAUUUGCGGGAACAAAUAAAUUACUUUGAUUCAAUCAAGAGGGAUGAUAUUUCUCAGUGGUUCAUACUCUCUCAAAACCUGGUCACAAAUUUCACCAAGGUUGCAGUGGAUGCUAAAAUUCCAAUCAAAGAUAUAUCAAAGUUUCAGACUUGCUCUCCUCCACAGUAUCCAGUACAAAGCAAUUUAUAUGUUUUGUUUCCAAAUUGUUGUUUCAUUUUUCUUUUUUUUUUGUGCACAAGUGUGUCAUUUUAACUUAUCACUUGCUUUUCCAUGCAUUAGGUUUGAUUGCAGUUUCUUCAGCUUGAGAUACAUUGAGAAUUGGGAUGGGAAAAACCUGCAAGCAUUCAAUGAAGGGGACAUGCCUAACUACCGGAAAUUCGUUAACCAUGAUCAACUUCAAGCAAAUUAGUGUAGGGGGCAGUCGUGUCACUGAAGUUGUAAAAAUGGUAGAAAAAAUAGUGCAAAGUGGAUGCUCUGGGUAGCUAUGUGUGGUCUGAAUUUGUGCACUGAAGUGUGUUGUGUUUUCUGUUUUUUGUUUGUGCACUGAAGUUGUGCUAUCAAGUUGAACUGCUACUCUUUAUAUAAUGUUGCAUCUACUAGGGGGCAGUCAUGAAUGAUUGUUUUCAUAGUUCAAGAUGUUCUUUUUAGAGUGAAACAAUGUUUCACCUUCUAGUACUUAUAUGUUUCAGCUUGUUAUCAAUGAUUGUUCCAUAGUUCCAGAUGAUCUGUUCCAUAAGAAGCAAUGUUUCACUUACUGUUACAUAAU